GACUUUAUAUUCCUUGCUCAGAUAAAAACGCAGUUUAUUUAAAAUGUGUUGCCAGCAACAAAGUUUGUUUGUAUCAAAUUUAUAUAACCGUGAUAAUGAAUCUACAUCUUUAGAAUACAUUCAUGCAAUGUAAUCUUUAAUUACAUAUUGUCAAGACACCGUUGUUCCAUUACGAAGCCUGGACAAUCGCUACACAUGAACGACGGUCUGGAGAGGUAAUUGUCCUCUGUGGUAGCUGUGGAAACACCUGACGUCGCAGGGCGCUGCUAUUGUUGCAGUUGCCGGGCGAUGUAAUUGAUGUCAAAAGCAGCGUAUUGAGAACUAGGUGUCUGGCCGCUCCCGUCAGCGAUGUUGGCCACUCUCUGGUGCAUUCUGUUCCCAGAGGCCUUCAGGAGGGAUGAUGGUCCGAUGUUCUGGAAGCUGUGUUUCAUCAAUCCCAUGGGCUCGACUCUCGUGGUGGUGGGACUUGCACUCGUCGGCUUGGUGGUGAACGCGGCGGACGUGGUGCACCGGCUGCAGCACAUCGCGACGCCCAGCGAGGCGUCUCGGGACAGACCGACCUGCUCCGUCAGCAUCAAGUGGCGUCCCAGCCCAGUGAGCGUGGAAACAGAGCGGCAGAUACAACUCAUGUCGUCCCUUCUGAACUUCGAGAACAACUUCAUGCUGCUCGCCGGUAUUCUCUUGGACAGCACGGCUCUGAUAGUUCCGUGGCUGGCGGUGCAGACAGUGACGGUACUGCUGGAGCUGCUCAUCUUCUGCAGCCAGAUUGCCACGGUAGGCCUCCACAUGGGCCGCUUUGAUGUACUCACCACAGCGACGACAGUACACAACUUCCUACAAGUAUUGUGCUUCCUGUGCAAGAAACGUGUGAUCUGCUAGAUGUGAAGAAAUGUGUUACGAAACAAAAUCAGCUGUAGUAAAAAGGCUUUGUCGUCUUUGUCACUCAAUAAAUGAUUAAUCUAAAGUCCCACCCAA